AUGACGCUCAAGAUCGCCAUCCUGGGUGCCGGUCCCGUCGGACUGACCCUGGCAGCCAUACUACACCACCGCGGCCUCGCAUUCGACAUCUUCGACCGCGAUGACCCUGAUUCUGCCCGCUCGCAGGGCGGGACUCUGGAUCUGCAUCCCGACGGAGGCCAGAAGGCCCUCAGGGCCGCCGGCCUGCUGGGCGUGUUCCUGAAAGUCGCCCGGCGCGAUGGCGAGGCGAUCCGGCUGCUCAAUGGCGGCGGUGAGGUCAUCUUUGAGGGUGACGGCCUGCCUGGCCCUGGUGAGGUGCUCGAGGACAAGAUCGAAUCGGGGGAUGAUGACGAGCAACAAGAAGCAGAAGAAGCCCACGGGAGACCGGAGAUCGAUAGAGCGGCCCUGAAACAGCUCCUCCUCGACGCGCUACCCCAGGGGACGGUCAGAUGGAAUUGGCACGUAGACUCCAUCACACCCUCUGCGUCGGGGCCGGGGACGUGGACCGUAGGCUUCGAUACCCAGCCGUCGUCCCCUGCCGCGGCCCGGCAAGAUUACGACCUCGUCGUCGGCACCGACGGCGCCUGGUCCAAGGUGCGGUCGUCGUGUCUAAGCAGCGCCGAGCCGCACUUCUCGGGCAUCACAGCCCUCGACGUCUGGAUCUCCGACCUGGACCGGGAUCCGGACACCGCGGCAGUGGUCGGGCAGGGCAGCUGUUUCGCCUUCGACCCCGACCGCGCCCUGCUCUUCCAGCGCCACGGCGACGGGAGCGCGCGGUGCUACGCCUGCGUGCGCACGGGGGAGGUCGGCUCUGCCCCCCUGGAUCCCGGCCAGGCCUUGGGCCGCGGAUCGGAGACCCAAGGAGAGGUGGACUGGCUGGUCCCCGCGAACCGCGAGGCGUUUCUGCGGAAGUGGUUCAGGGGCUUUGCCCCCGAGCUGACGAGGGCCGUGCUGUCGAUGCGGGAUCGCGCGCUGCUGAGACAUCUCUACAUGCUGCCCGUGGGCUUCCGGUGGGAGUCGAGGCCCGGCGUCACGCUGGUUGGCGAUGCGGCGCAUCUGAUGACUCCGUUUGCCGGGCGGGGCGUGAAUGUGGGUAUGGUAGAUGCGGUCGAGUUGGCGGAGGGCAUUGUUGGGUUUGUCAGAGGUAAUGGAAGGACGCUGGAUGAUGUGGUGAGGGAGUAUGAGAACAGGAUGUUCGAGAGGAGCGUUGUGGACGCGAGACUCACGGAGAGAUGCAUGCUGGCUUCCUUCGGUGAAGAUGGGGCCAGGGCUGUUGGGGAGAUUAUGAGUCAGUUCUGGUACUUUUGA